GUCAAAACGCUUGUUUACAAAAUAUAAUAAAUUUUAUCUUCUAGCAAAUUCUAAUAGGCAAAAAUACAAAAAUCAAGUUCUAAUUUGCAAAAAUACACUAUGAUCGCAAGUUUGGAUCAACUUAAUUUUGCUGAAAUAUGUCGAGGUUGCAUGACCAAAAAGCAACGGAUGCGUCCUCUGUUUGGUUCCAGCCUGGACUCGAUGCUGAUGGCCGUAGCAGAUGUGACAGUGGCGGAAAACGAUGGAUAUCCAGCGCAGAUGUGUGUACAAUGUGUGCUGCAGGUCAGUCGGGCUUUUACUUUUAAGCAGCAAUGUGAACGAACCGAUUCCACCUUGAAGGAGUAUCUGGAAAGAUCAACAAUCCUGGAAAACAACACAGAAACUGUUCCAGAAGUUGUUAUUGUCGAUAACAAUGGGGAUCAAACAGAUCAUGCAGAAUUGCGACUGAUAACAUUAGGCGAGGAGAACGAGCAAUAUGAAUAUCGGUUUAAGGAGGAUGGUUCAAAUGAAUGUGUUCUGAUAAUACGAUCCGUUGAAAGUGCAGAUGAAAAGGUAGCAAACGCAUCGUUAAACAAUUUUGUAAUAUCUACGAUGAAUACUCUUCAUGAGGAGCCUGAAAUGACGAUCGAGGAUGUGAAGUUCAUCACUUCAUUCGAUAUUAAUUCUGACGCUCUCGAAUGCAAUGCUGUAGACGGAGAAGCUGAGGUCGAUCAAUACGAGGGAAAUGGUUCUUGUAACCAAGAUAUUGAUGUUAAAGUCGAGCCUAUGAUAGAAGAACCGAAACACAUCACUACAGUAUUCAAAUGUGCUGUAUGCUUUAAGGAUUUUUCGUCUCAAAAUACACUACAGGAGCACUUUUGUACAUCCGACACGAUUAAAAAUUUAGUGGAAAAUGAUCAUCCGAAAGAUUUAGGUCAACCAACCACAGAAGAACCACCACCUCCAUCUUACGACUGCUCGAUUUCCAGACGCUUUUGCUGUGGGGUUUGCAGUAAGAAAUUUUCAGAUUCCAGCAAGCUACGGCGUCACUCUCGCACGCAUCUUAUUGACAAACCACACGUUUGUAAAGUGUGUGGAAUGUCGUUCGCCGAAAGUUCUAAUCUUACCAAGCACCAUCGGAAGCAUACCGGUGAACUGAGGAAUGUGAUAGGUAAACCAAAUCUGUGCUCAGUGUGCGGCAAACGGUUCAAAUGGGCAACAUCGCUUUCGAAGCACAUGAAGCAUCACACUAAACGGAAGCUAUUCGUGUGCCCGUAUCAGGACUGUAACAAAUACUACGUGGAACAGCGUUCGUUAGAUAUUCACAUGUUUUCGCACGAUGGACAGAAACCUUUUUCGUGUAGCUACUGUAAUAAGGGAUUUACCCAAAAAUGUAAUUUACAGAAACAUGAACGUGUGCAUACCGGGGAAAAGCCAUUCAAAUGUACUAUUUGUUUCAAAAGUUUUGCACAGAGUGGUUAUUUAGUAAUUCAUCAACGAAUACACAGCAGGGAAAAACCAUACGAUUGCAGAGAAUGUGGGAAACAAUUCGCAGCUUCCAAUGCGCUGACGGUUCACCUACGAUCACAUAGUGGCGAACGUCCAUACGGCUGUGAUGUUUGUAGCAAACGCUUCUCUCGACAAGAAACUCUAACGAUCCACAAAACCAGAAAACAUUUGAACGAUAGACCACACGUUUGCACACUGUGUUCUUCCAAAUUCGUUUCCACCGGAUCUCUAACGGCACAUAUGAAAAGUGACCACAGCGAUCGGUACUACCACAUGUGUCCCACUUGUGGAAAAGUAUUCGCUUCCAUGCAAAGUUUGAAGAACCAUCAAAAGAUUCAUCUUAAGGAAGGGGAGAUAGCUGAGGGUCAGCCGCAACCUUUGAUCCAAUUUGUGGUGGACCAGGAACAUGUAAAGCAGACGGCGAAUCUAACUUCGGUUCUCAACAGUAGUACAGCUGGAUCGAACGAGGGAAAACUUAUUGUGAUAAAUUCUCAAAGUGUUACACAUUAGGGGAAUAUACCUACUAUCAACUCUAGAGAUUUUGGUGUUAUGAACAUGAUAGAAUUGUUAUUGUUAUUUAUCAGUGUGCAAUCGGGCUGUCUCAACAACCUAUUUCUGCAACCUAUGUGCAUUAACUGUACACCUAUCGUCUAUCCGUUGCACUUGACAGUGUGUGCAGUGCUUUAUGGUCACACCUACGACCGCGCACCCGGCUUCCCAUGAGCGUUUUGGCGGCUCAGAGGUGUCCUUCCAUGUUGCUCAGGGAUACAUUGGUCCUAUACACAUCCAUGCAUACAGGCAUACAUACGGGCUUACAUUCAUACAUACAUACAAACUAUUUGGCGCAAGUUUAGAGCGUGUAACAUCGUGUCAUCUAGUCUGUCAUCCUAUGGAAAAUCAUCCUACCAUCGCCUUGAGGUCAACGUCAUAUUGGCAAAUUUCGCAUUGAAUCCGCUUCUGUCUCUUCCUAAUCUCCUUUUUGUCUCCUAGGUCCGAAGCGGAUCAAUCGACUAUUAAUUGAAAUGGUAAACAUACUAGCAGUAUUAUUAGUCCUUACUCGCGAAUAUGUUUCCUACAACUGUGCUGUUUCUUCUCUAUAUUAUAACAUAACUCGAUUAUCCCUGUUCUAGUCAAUAUACAUAUUCAUUACAUUAUGGACCAGGCAAACCCUUAAUUUUUCUAUUAUUAUUAUCCUGAGUAGCUAUACCAGUGAAGGUAUUUUAGGAUUUCGUUAAAAAGAAUCUCUGCCAAUAAAGACGUAAGCAAUAUUUAUCCACAUAAAGUUUGCUCGAAACGAAUGUCCGCCUGGUUCGACUCGAACAGACCACACCGACCCGAAAGGAUUGCCUAUCAUUUCUGAGAGCCGGUGUGCUUGAUCGAGUUUAAUAAUCAUAAGAACAAGUCCUGAAUAAUUAACUAUCUCUUAGGUGCCAGUCCUGCACUCCUUUCCUGAACUAGCCUCAUACUCACGAUCAAAAGAGUCGACAACUAGUAGGAUCCACAUGUCCCCCACCCAAGCGAAUUGAUCAACUUGCAAGUAGGAGCACAUAUCUACCAACCUGCCAAGAAGACUUCCGAAUCAAUGAGAAUGGACCAUGCCAGUCGAAGGCCACAGGCCCAGCGCCAUCUCGUACAGUGUCAUUGUCAUUUCUCAAGAUGAGAACCUACAAAGCCUAACUGUUCGUAUGUGCUAGUCCGUAUAGAUUUUGGUUUGCUGAAACGAAACAAGAAAAGCAAAACAAUUGUGAUUAGUAUCGUAGCUAUAAUAAAUAAAUAAACGAUU